AUGCUUCAACGUGCUGCUGGUGGCUCUGCAUUGACAGGAGGCCUGAUCGGAGGUGGUGUAGUGUUCGCCGCUGGUUAUGCCUACUACCACUUCUCCGGCGCGAAGACCCUUGUACAGACGUCUGCAAGCGCCAAGCAGUAUGCCGACCAGGUCGCCGAGCAAGUCAAGUCACAGCUCAAAGAGCUCAAGCCUACGGAUUCCGGAAACGCUCUCAACGAGAUCAAGAGCUUUGCACAGAAAUACGCUACUUGGGUACCCGGUGGGAAAGAGUUCAUUGAUAAAUCUUUCAAGGAUCUCGAGGACAUCCAGCAGAAGCAUGGCGAUGAGGUCAACGACCUUGCAAAGAAGACAUAUGAUGAGUUGAAGGAGGUUGCAGACAAGAAGGGUGCCAGCUUGGAAGUCAUCAACGAUGUGUGGCAGAUCCUGUCCAAGCGCCUGCAAGAACUGUCGUCCAUCGCUGGCGACGCAGGCCAGCAGAUACUGGACAAUCAUCCUGAGGCGAAGGAAAAGCUGGGCGGCUCAUUUGACCAGCUGAAGCAGCUGGGUGAUCGCCUAGGACCGGAAGCCAAGAAGCAAGUCGAUGAGACAUUCAAAGAAGCAUCGGACAUCGCCAAGGCAGGCUUCAGCGCAGACUCGGCAAACCGCAUCUACAAAUUGGUGCAGGACAAGGCGGAGCAGCUCAAGAAGACUGCCGAUCAGUCAUGGCAGAGCGGGCUGGAACAGAUCAAGCCGAUGCUCGAGAAGAAUCCAAAGGUCAAGGACACGGAAAGCCUCGAGCGAUACGUCAAGCAGACCAAGCAAAAAGCAGAUCAGUACACAAGUGGAGGGCUCUCCACUUGGCUUGGUGCCAUCGGAGGAGGCUCCCAAAUUAUACCCCAGCUGCAGAAGCUGAAGGAAGCGGCAGACCAGAAGGGGCCCGAGGCUCAGCAGCUGGCGAAGAAUACGAUACACGACAUUUCGAAGGUGCUUGAAGAUCGCGCCAAGCAAGCAGAGGAGCUGUUGAAGAAGUAA